ACUUCAGCAAUUGAAAAAUUAUAGUUUUCAUUUCAUUUCAUUUCGUUGAGUUCUUCAAGGAUUUAGAAAGCACUGUUAAUUUAUUUCUGCUGGAGAGUUUUGAACAAAGGAAACUGGAUACCCUGUAUUCACUGGAAGUAGAAUCUUCAAGAAUUAGCCAUGCUGUCCUUAGGAUCUUUGGCUUUUGAUGCUGUAACUACACCAGAUAAAGAACGUGGCUUGAGUUCGCUACAGUUAGCUUGCAUUCAAGGGGACAUCGGAACCUUCAGUGACAUCCUGAAACACAGUCCUAGCAAACUCGACAGUGUCAUAGCAGUGAGUGUCAAGAUUGGUCAUCGCUCAUCUCAUUUUCCUGGUAAGUCUGUCUGGGCGGUGCUGACCCUGCAACAUUCUGUAGAACAUAAGCAGCUGAGAAAGCUUGUUGAUACAGUCUUUAAGGAUUGCCAUUCUCCGUCCUUGAUACACCUGGCGGCAAGAAGUGGACAGGUACACCAUCUCCGAAGGGUUCUUGAUUGUGGUGAACAGUUUAAUUCUGUGGCGAUGGAAUCGUCAGGCGAAACGCCCCUGAUAUUGGCUUCAAGAUUCAAUGACGAGGACGUUGUUGAAUUCCUUGUUGAAAGAGGUGCCUCCCUUGAGAUGUGCGACUCCCGUGGUUGCACCCCAUUUCACCAUGCGGCUGAAGCUGGUAAAGUGAGAAAUAUGCUACGAUUAAUCGAGCUCGGCGCAGAUGUUUUUAAAUUAAAUUUUCAAGGAUAUUCAGCAUUUCAUUUGGCUGUUGCAAGUGGUCACACGGAGGCCCUCCGUCUGCUAAUUGAGCAUGGUCUAGAUGUCAACAAAGCCACCACCCCUCGCACCACCGACAGCAGCAGCACUAGUUACACACCUCUAAUGUUAGCUGCAGGAAAGGGCCACGUUGGGUCUAUUCAUCUUUUGCUAAAUAAUGGUGGGGAACUGAAUAAAGAGAACGAAAUCGGUUGGCUACCUUUACAUUCAGCCGCUGCAGGAGACCACACUAAUGUUGUUAAGUUCCUUAUUGAAAAAGGUAGGAAUUGGAAUGCGUUACCAGUAACUCGCCACGGCACGACAGUUCUUCACCUUGCGACUCGUCUAGAGUUGGUCAGGUUGCUUGUUGAAGAAGGAGCUGACAUUAGUGCAAGAGACAACCGCCAUAAAACACCAUUACAUGUUGCUGCUGAAAAAGGACAAACAGACACGGUAAACUAUCUUCUGAACCAGGGUGCUAAUGUCAACUCAAGGGACGAAGAUGGCCUGAUAGCCUUAUACUAUGCUUUGAAAGAAGGCCACGGUACUACAGCCAAAGUUCUGAUUGACAAAGGAAGCGAUUCUAUGCUCAUAAACGACAAAAGCGUUUUAGAAUUUCAUGAAGCAGAUUUACUUAAAUUAUCUGCCCGUAAAGGUUCCACAGCUGUCCUGCAACUUCUUCUUAACAGAGGCUUAUCUGCAGAUACUGUCCACAGCGAAAGCAGUUCAUUACUGACUCCACUAGAAGAAGCAUCUAGCAACGGGCAAUGUGAUGCGGUGACGUUCCUGUUAGAACGAGGAGCCAGCAUCAAUGGGGAUGUUGAUUCACGAGCGGAACUUCUUCAUAACCGCAAGCUAUAUGUGGAAGAAUACUGGAAAAACAUCUCGCCCCUGUAUGCUGCCUUACACGCAAGACAGGCUGAAACAGCCAAACUUCUUAUAGAACGCGGGGCUGACAUUUCAAAUUUGGAUAGCAGUAAAAUUGAGUCUCUUAAAAUGCUUGCUGCGGAACAUGGUCUCCUUGAUGUUCUUGGAAUGCUUUGCAAUCGCACACUUGAUGACGUGGAAAGUUUUUCUACGAAAAACGCUGCUGCAAUACUAACAUCAGCUGCCUUCCGCACUGAUGUUGAUGUAGUUUCCCGUCAUCUGCAAAAUGGUUUGGAUGUAAAUGCAAGAAGAGCUAAGGAUGGGAAUACAGUUCUUCAUAUCGCUCUACUUCGAGUUGCACAUCCUAAACUAAUAGAAAUGGUUAAGCUUCUUGUUGAAUUUGGUGCAGAUAUUAACGCGAAGAAUAACAAACUUGAGACACCUCUUCACUUUGCUGCAGAUUUAAACCACGAAGAAAUAGGAAGCCUCCUUAUUGAUCUUGAAUGUGAAGCAAACUGUGAAGACAGCUUCACAGAAUCGCCCCUUCACCUUGCUGUCAAAAGGAGAAAUAGUAAAGUCACUGAAAUGUUGCUGCAGUAUGGUUUAGCUGUCAACCAAGAAUGCUGUAGGGUGGAAACUACCCCAUUACAUGUCGCUGUCGCUGUCGCCAAAGGAUCAGAAAGUGUUCACAUACCGCAGUUGUUGUUACAACAUGGCGCUGACAGGGAAGCUAAGAAUGCUUUAGGUGAAACACCUCUUGCUUCAGCAGCAGAGACAGAUGGUGGAAAUUUUUCCUUGGUUCAGUUUUUUCUGCUUGAGGGAAGCAGUGUUGAUACAAGGGACAAAUUUGGUAAGACUCCUCUUAUGAAGGCUGUGAGAAAUGCGGUCGCACCUGUAACUGGAUACACCGACAUCGUGGAAGUUUUACUCGAACAUGGCAGCUCUGUGAAUACCAUUGACCAGUAUGGAAGAACCCCACUUCAUUUUAUACCUUCAUGCGCCGGUGUGGAAGUAUGCCAACUUCUUUUAGACCAUGGCGCUGAUGUUAAUCUGGCUGACUACAACGGUGAGACACCCUUACAUGUAGCAGCAACUGGUAACCCAGAGAUUGUAGAGAGGCUGCUUCAACAAGGUGCACACGUGGGAACCCUAGACAGGGACAAUCGUUGCCCUCUCCAUGCAGCUGCCUAUGUUGGUGAUUGCAGGUCAGUGAAGUUGUUGAUUCAACGUGGAGCGGAUGUUCACUUAGCUGAUAGUCAAGGCUGGUCUCCCUUGCACUUUGCAGCCGCUGGAGGUAACUUUGACAAUGUAGAGAUUUUAAUUCAGUGCGGCAGUAACGUCAAAGCCGUUGAUGAAAAUGGAAGAACUGCUCUACACUUGGCGGCAAAAGGGGGCUUCAUGUAUCUUGUCGAAUUAUUGGUUGAUCAUGGAAGCGACAUAAAUGCAACAGAUUUCAAUGGACAAUCAGUGCUCUCUGCGAUGUACAAAUUAACUUCAUUGGAGUACUAUUUGGAGGACCCUCUACAGUUGUAUCUUGACCACGGAGGUGACAGGCUUGCUGUAGAUGACGAAACUGGUCGAACAACUCUUCAUUUUGCUGUAACCCAGGAGUUCGUGUCUUCGGUCAACAGCCUCUUAGACGAAGGAUUGGACAUUGAUGCAAGAGAUAAGAAUGGAGAUACUCCCUUGCACAGAGCUGCGAUGAAAGGAACCGAGGAAAUGUUACAGCUCCUUAUUGACAGAGGAGCAGACUUGACUGCGGUUAACAGCAAAGGGCAGACACCAAUGCUGGCCAGCUUGGCUAAUCACAAAAGUAAUUUGUUAUUGAAACACGGACAAAACUUCCAAGUAGCAGAUAAUUAUGGCAACACGGCUCUUCAUCUCGCUAUAUACAGAUCCAGACUCGAAGAUCCUGUUCUUCUUGAUCCUUGGACCCAAAUUUUGGAAUUCUCGAAAGAUGAUAUAAUCUUCCUGUUGAACGCAGGGGCCAGUGUUCAUUGUCGAGAUAUGCAAGAAAAUACGCCACUUCACAUUGCUGCAGUGGAAAAUAGAUGUGAGAUUGCAGAGCUUCUCAUCAAGGAGGGCAGCGAUGUUAAUGCAACAAAUAUACAGGGCAAAACCUGCCUUCACAUGGCGACUUGCUCUCGGACUGGUGUGCCUGACACUUUACAAAUGCUUAUUCUCCACGGAGCAGAUGUAAACGCCGUAGAUGAGCUGGGCAGUACCCCUCUUCACAUUGCAUUUACUUUACCACACCUUUCGAUGGUAGAACCACUGUUGAAGCAUGGCAGUGAUCCUAAAGCUGUGGAUUACAAAGGGUGUACUCCUCUACACCUGGGCUGCUGCUUUUGUUACCUAGACGCCUCUGUGAUCUCAAUUAUGAUCGAGCACGGAAGUGAUCUCGAGGCAAGAGACAACAAAGGGUGUACGCCACUUCAUCUCUGCACCGUUUUUGAUCGCACAAGGGCUGCUCGCAAUCUUCUGGAACACGGAGCCGAUGUGGAUGCUAGGGACAAUGAAGGCAGCACUCCCCUUCACCUUGCCGCGGCUUUCUGUGAUUCGUUAAGUUCAGUAGAUAACGAGUACAGCAUGAUCUUCCUGUUACUUAAACACGGAGCAAACGUCAACUUGAGAGACUCUGAAGGCAGCAUUGCUCUCCACACAGCCGCUGCAUUCGGAGAGGUCAGAAUUGUGCGCAAAUUAAUCUUUGCAGGGAGUGAUGUCAAUGCGCUUGACGUCAGAGGGGACACACCGCUCACAGUGUCUGCGGGCUCAGGCCAUCUGGAUGUUGUUCGGCUACUGGUGGAUAAUGGAGCGGAUUUGUUCACUGUCAACAAGCAAGGACUUACAGCAGCUAAGUGUGCAAAGAAGUUUGGCCACGAAGAAGUCGAGCAGUAUCUUGACCAACUUCCAGACUCGGGUGUAUAAUCGUUUUGAGUUCAUUGAGGUUUAUCGUCGCAGGCCUGUUGUGAUUUCAAAAGCUUUCGUUGCCGUUGAAAACGAACCAAAAUAAGCUCAGUGAAUGAGAAUCGCUAUCAGUUGUGUCGAAGAAUUAGCUACGAAGGCUCGCUGUAAUGUAACGUGGAAGACAAGUUUUGAUGACCAAAGUUGGUUGCUAUCCGUAGCGUACAGUAAAUUGUGUCAAACAACCUGGUUAUUUUUUCCAUCUCUUGUCAAACAGUGAAUGAGCAAAGUUGAAGUGCUCCGGCUUCAAAAAAUGUAGACGAAGCUUGAAAAGAACUUUUAGAGUGUUUUCAAACAAAUAAAGAAUCAUUUUGGUGCGAUUUCGGCCAUUUGUCAUUCCCACAAUUUUUGCCCAUAAUUUUAAAGCAACCUUAUUUACAGCUGUCUUUGUGUUUAGAGGUUUCUGAUGACUGCAAAAACGUUGGUAUGUUCAUUAAGUCAAAUCAAGUCAUUUUUGUUCACCGCACACACACAAGUCAGAGAAGCAGAAAUAAGAAAUGGAAAGGAAGCCUGACGAGGAGCUAUGGAGGCUUGUACUAUUAAUUUCCCUCGCUCAUUACAGUGCUUUUUACAGAUUUGAUAAUUGCUAAACAUAACCUGGAUUUCCUAAGCUUUCUUUCAAACGAAGCAAGAGAGGAAGAGUACAAACUGUCGUUAUCUAGAGAGUUCACCACAUCGGUUGGUCACGAUUUCAGAUAUUUAUGAAAGCUCAAAAAACUCUCAAAUAAACGACAAAGCGCGUAGUUUGCAUAAAGACUGAUGUUUUAAAUCUCCUAA